UGAAAACGCCCAUUCAUUCCGGUCGCGUCAUUUGAAAAGGGGAUUAUACUCUUGUAUAGAUAUUUGUCCGUUUGUGCAUCAAGGGGAGGGCUAUCGUUGCAGAUAUUGUACUGGGUAGGUGGAAAUACUGAAUUGCUCUGCUUACUUUGAAGUCAAAAUCAGCUUUCCGUGGGACCUUUUACCGGAUUGUCGUGAAAGUCUGAGGAAGACAUUACUGCCAACAUGACUUCCUUGUUCAAGAACGCCGCCAGCACCGUGCUGAACAAGAUCAGCAAGGAGUCGCUGAAAUGCGGCCUGUGCCAGAACUUCUACUUCAAGCCCAAGAUCAUGGACUGCGUCCACACCUUCUGCGAGGACUGCCUGCUCAAGUACCGCAACAUGAAGUACCCCAAGAACACCCGCAUCCCCUGCCCGGUCUGCGGCGAUGAGACGGAGCUUCCCAUCGGCGGCAUUGCUGGACUCAAGUCCAACUUCCAUCUGAGCGGCGUGGUAGAGGAGAUGGUCCUCCAUGACCAGCUCCUGGGCGCCAAGGGGAAGAAGCUGGAGUGUGGCGGCUGCGACGAGAACAAGGAAUCUGUGGCCCGCUGCAUGGAUUGCGACCACUUCCUCUGCCAAGGUUGCGUAGAGGCCCACAAGCGCUUCGCCAUGAUCAAGAACCACGUCAUCGCAUCCCUGGAUGAGCUACGCACGGGCAAGAUUGAGCUGAAGAGCCCCGCCCGCAAGAAGGCCCCCGAGUGUGACAGCCAUCCCGGGGAGAAGAUUCGCUGCUUCUGCGAGACCUGCAGCGAGCUGAUCUGCCUGGAGUGUGCCUUCUUGGGCCACGCUCGUCCCCAGCACGAAUCUGUGAGCAUCAGGGAGGCGGCUAACCGACGCAGGCAGAGCAUGAGGGACUUUUUGCCCAAGACUGAGGAGGUGGUAGCAGAAUUCCAACAGGUUCAGAAGUCCUUGAACACUGUGAAGAAUGAUCUGAAGAUCAACGCCGGCGAUGCAAGGAAGAGUGUCCAGGAGUUGGUGGCUUCCAAGAUUUCUGAGCUGAAACGAAAGGAAAAGAUGCUGCUGGAUGAGAUUGACCACAUUGAGAAGCAGCGGGCCCAGACCAUGCAGCAGAGCGAGCAGCACGUGUCCAGCUUCAUCGGCAAAGCCCGUCACUCCCUGGAGGUUGCCCGCAACGCCAUUGAGACGGCCACUGACCCGGACUUCCUCUCCCUGCACCCCACGGUGGAGAGGGACCUGCAGAAUUUGACCGAGAAGUCACCUCCUCAGGUGCACCAGAAGCUGUCCUUCCUGAAGUUCACCGGCAUGGCAAAAGAGGCCACCGACCAGGUCACCCUGGGUCAGGUGGUCAAGAAGGGCGAGUGGGACCUGCACAUGCAGUUUGGCAAGGAGGGCACCGGGGAAGGGGAGUUCAAGUGGGCCCGUGGCAUCGCCGCCUGCCCGAACGGGGAUAUUGCCGUGGCUGAUCGUAACAACAACCGUGUGGCCGUCUUCUCAGCAGAGGGAAAGCCCAAAAUCAGCAUCCCGGCCUCCAGUGCACGCAAUGUCGCUUCGGACUCCAAGAACCGCCUGGUGGUUAUCGACCGUUCUGGCUUCGGCACCGUGUACAAUGCUGACCGCAAGCAGGUCUUGCAGUUCCCCGUGGCUCCUACUGACACAGGAGUUGUGGUGGAUCCACGCUGUGUGGCCAUUGACAAGGAAGACAGGAUCUACAUUGGUGACUUCACCCGUCAGGUUGUCAGCAUCCACAGCCCCAACGAUGGCAAGGUGGAGCGACUGGUCCAGAUCAGCAUCAAGCCCGAGUUUAUCGCCGUCACCAACAAGAACCUGGUUCUGAUCACCAAUGCUGACGAAGGCCGUGUGAUAGCCGUGGACCCCUUCGGCGUCAAGGGCAACGAGGCCUUUGCCAUCGACACCACCUUCGACGGCGAGAAGAUGAAGCCUGCUGGUGUGGCCGUGGACCACGCCAGCGACGAGAUCUACGUGUCGGGCUACCUUGGCUACAUCAACACCGGCCAGAUCCACCACUUCACCAACCGGGGCAAGCACAUCAAGUGCGUCUCCGACAAGCAAUACAUGCCCCAGGGCAUCGGCUUCAACAACAAGGGCAUGAUGGUCAUGGCCAACUACCACUCGGUCAGGGUCUUCAGCAUGGCUUAGGCUGUGAAGGAUAGAAGGGUCACACAUGCAGUAGAACCCCACUGUAAGAAACUAGGAACACCACUUUACCGGUUAUAUUUAGUCAUUUCCACUUUGCAUAGUUUGGUUGAAAGAGAUGCUGCACUCACAAGCUGUAUGUAGCCACUCGAGUGGGUUCCUUAAAGCUAUAGUCCAUCAUUUGCCGCCAUCCGAAAAGUAACUGGCGUAAUUAUUGUUGAAAAACAUACUUGGUUGAAAGAUGGUAAGUGGACUAAACUC